CCGUCUCGCGAGAUCCCGCCUCCCUGAGCGCGCGCUCCGAAGGCGGGCUGUGCGCGCCGGCAUCGCCUCAGGGCGAAGGGAGAGCGGCGGAAUCAUUUUCUCUCACUUGUGGUUCUCGCAGCUGCAGCAAUGUUCUAUGCUAGCUUAUUUCUGAGCAAACGUGGGCCACUGGCUAAGAUUUGGCUUGCUGCCCAUUGGGAUAAAAAGCUAACAAAAGCUCAUGUUUUUGAGUGCAAUCUGGAGGCUACUGUUGAAAGCAUUAUUUCACCCAAGGUUAAAAUUGCACUGAGAACGUCAGGCCACCUGCUUUUAGGAGUGGUGAGGAUUUACAAUCGAAAGGCAAAGUAUCUCUUGGCAGACUGCAACGAGGCAUUCACAAAAAUUAAGAUAGCCUUUCGUCCAGAUAUUGUGGAUCUUGACGAAGAAAACCUUGAAGCCACAUACAAUGCCAUAACACUGCCUGAGGAGUUUCAUGAUUUUUCUAUUCAGCUGCCGGAUGUGGAUGCAAUUGAUGUUGCUGAGCAUUUUACACUAAACCAGAGUACAUCUGAUGCUAUCACCCUUAAAGAAAAUAUGUGCAGUAUUCUUCAAGAUAACGGAUUUGGUGAUGGUUAUGGGAUGUUAGGGAAUAGUGGUAUCCUGGAUGACAAUCUAAUGAGCACAAGCGAAUCAUUACUUCCUCAAACACCAGAAAAUAAUUCUAGUACUAUCAUGAAAGAAGGAUGCACAUUGAGCUAUGAUAAAAAUAGCUUUCGGAAUGAUGGAUUUGGAGAUGAGGGAGCAGCUUGUAUGUUAGAGGAGCUUCUCAGUGGUGAAGCUGAAGAUGCUUUUGUGGAUUUUACAGAUACUAACAAUGGCAGUACUAAAGACCUACCAAAUCAGAAGCUACAAACAGUUAAGGCUGGUGAUUCAGAUUUUCCUGGUCCAUUACUUCAGACAGAGAGUGCUAUAGGUGAUCAAACAACUCUUCUAUCCAAUGAAGAGGAGUGCUUUGCCUUGCAGCCAAUUGAUGCUACCGUUUAUUCAGAAAGAAGACGCGGUAAAAGGAGGCGGAAGCUUAUUGUGGAUUGUGUUAAGGAACUUGAUAGUAAGACCAUUCGUGAUCAGAUUGAGGACUUUUCAGAUAUAAUCACAACAAUAGAACUGGCUCCACCUACCAAGAAGUUAAUGAUAUGGAAAGAGACAGGUGGAGUUGAAAAACUCAACUCUCUGCCUGCCCAACGCCUAAUAAAUUACAGAUUAUUAAAGUUGUUCAGACAUUGCCUUAGAAAAAAUCUACCUUGGGAGAAAAACAAUCAGAGUGAUGCUCUGGAGAGAACAUAUGAUAUCGAACAAAUAAGAAGUGAGGAACAUUAUGUAAUUGAUUUGCCUAUCGUGGAGGAGCCGUGUGUUUUGCAAGAAUCUAUAAUAAAUGAAUCCAGAAGGAGCAGCGUUGAUCACAGACCAAUAUCAGUCCAGAAAAUCUGCAAAGACCAGGACAGUGCAUCUGAAAAAGAGAUCCAUGAAUUAGAAAAAUCUGAUUCUGACUUAAUGCAAGUGGAUCUUCCUCUUGAAGAGUCAUUAGUUGUUCACCUUGCUGUUGGAGAAGAGAGAGAAGUUGAACAAAAUGAAAUUGUAGAGAAGCAAAGUGGAGCAAGAGAUCAGGAUUUUGAAGAGACACGUAGCAACCAAAGAACACAGCACCUUUGGCACAGCCUGCAGCGGAUCCAUCUCAAAACAGGUGAAAGGUUCUUCAGCAUUCUGGAGUUGUGCAGGAACAACAAUCGCAAACAGGCUGCUACGAAAUUCUAUAGCUUCCUGAUGCUCAAGAAGCAGUUAAUGCUUGAACUUGCCCAAAAGGAACCCUAUAGUGACAUCAUUGCAACCCCAGGAGAAUUGUUUAAUACCUGAAUACUUAACGAUACUACUUACUCUCUUCAAAUAGCCUUCAAAGUUACAAGUAUUUUUCUACCUUCUAAUGUUGAAAUAAUUACAAUAUAUCAUUUAUUCACGUUCCCAAAGUCAGAUGUAAAAUAAAUUAUUUUUUUAUAUUUCUCACAUCAGUCACCUCAAUAAUCCUGCAAAAGUUCCUUCCAAGACUAAAGGAAGUUUAACAUUGCCACAAGGAAAAUUAAAACAAUCCAAAUAAUAUGUAAGAAAAAACUGAAUUUUCAAAAUUAGUUGGAUUCUGCUAACAUGCAAAAAGAUUCCAAGCUGAUCUACUGCUUCAUUAACUCAUUGGCAACAUUCACCUUUAAUAACCUGAAUAUAGCUGAACAUGAGAAGAGAACUCAGGCGAUUGAAAUAAGCUCAGCCUGAAACAAGACUAUUUCACUGCUUCACUGGCUAGUGGCAGUGAGGUUAGCCAUUAGACAAAUGAGUAUUUUGGUUCACAAGUGCUCUUCACGAGUUCAUGAGUUUGCUUUCAUUUGACCAUCUUCACAAGGUCAACUAAGGGUUCCUAGUCCUGUGUUAGAACAGAAUUGUGCUUAGCCAAUUCAGGAGUAUUGGGCCAGGGAGAAGUGUGCAGACCUAUACCGGUCCUCCCUGUUUUCCUGUGACCCAGUCACCCUAGAGCAGGAUUAGGUAAUUCACCUUCAAAUAUCUUUGUUAGCUACAUAAAAAUGUUAGAACUGGAAGCAGAACAAAGCUAUAUGGCUCUUCAACCAUGUUCUACCAUUCAAUAAGAUGGACAGACCUGUACCUCAAUCUGACUUUCCUGCCCAAACCUACAUCCCUCAAUUUUCUGAAUGGCCAAAAAGCUAACAAUUUCCAUUUUGAAUAGUGGCAGUGGCUGAGCAGAUAGAGCCUUCUGAGAUAGAGAAUUCCAGAUUCACAACAGUUUAAGUAAAUUUAAUUUUAUUAUCUGGCUGAUCCACUCAUAUAAUUUGGUACAUGUGAAUAUCAUUGUGAUGAUUAAUUUCAACCACAAACUUUAUCAUAGAGGUUAGUUUUGAAGUUUUAGAUCUCCACUGCAUUUUUUUCUAAAUAACAGCAGUUGUAUUUUUCUCAAGAGGUUAAUUUACUGCACAUUGUUUUUUUUUUGCUUGUUACAAUCAAUUCUUUUGACUGGAUUCUCUUUGAAAGCACAUAAUUAUAUUUUGGCAAGACAUACUGCCACAUUAUCUGUAUUUGCUUCUAUUGCUCAAUGGAGAACGUUUGUUUUAAGCUCUUUGAAACUGUGUUUUUGCUGUACUUAUUUAGCCUUUCUAUGUAAAUAAACGCAUUUUCUGGAGUUUGC